UUACAUUUUAUUUUAUAAAGCUACGCUCAUCUUGCACAAAGCAACAACCAUGGCUGGGAGGGUGCUGCCUUGCUGUAUUACAAUUACAACCUUCCUCAUAGUCAUACUGUUUGCUUGCUGUCCAGUAGUGAGGGCAUACUAUUGUGGUGGAAGAGAAGGAGAGAUCAGGUUAGCAGAUGGACCCAGCUCCAGAGAGGGGAGAGUGGAUAUUUGCUUUGGUUCAGUGUGGCUCACCCCGUGUCAAGAUUCCUGGGGGAUUGAAGAGACUCGAGUAGUGUGUCGAGAGUUGGGGUUUUGUCAGCAAGGAGGACGCUUAGUAACAGGUCAGAGUUAUCAGAACUAUAUUCCAAACUACAUCAAUGAAGUCAACUGCACUGGAGAUGAAGCCACACUGAGUGGGUGUUCUGUGACUGACUAUUCAAGUAAUUGUGACAGCAGCUACGUUGGGGCCGGAGUGUCUUGUUAUUCAACUCCAAACAGCCCAACAAAUGUGGAGAUCACUAACAUUUUUUCAUACUCUAUCCAAGUGAUCUGGUCACCUCCAGACAUGAGCAACUGCACCGACAUUGAUGGAUAUAGAAUUGUUUGCAUUAGCAAUUGCAACUACAUCUCAGAAGAAAACACAAACACAGAUCACUCUUUAUAUACAACAAUACAAUACUCUAAUUCAGUCGACUCCUGCCUCUUCCGUUGCUGUGUAUCAGGCAACAACAGUGCUGGAGAAGGUCUUCAAAACUGUGUGUAUGGACCUUUCCCCACCCCUCCAAGAAACGUGACAGCCCGGUCUUCACAAACGUCACUACUGAUUGAGUGGAUGGAGCCAGAACAAGACCUUGGGCGGUUCUUAGCUUAUUAUGUGGUGUGUGGGACACAGACUAGAAAUAUACGCAGCAUCACAGAAACAGCCGUUAACUUUAUAGGACUGAGUGUGUUCACCAGAUAUGAAUGCUGUGUCACAGUGAUAUUCUACUUUGAUAUUAUUGAAAGCAUCCCAACUUGUAUGAAUGCAACAACUGCUCCAGAUCUCCCUACUAUUCCCCUGGCUGUCAACGUUACUGAGAUCACAUAUAAGUCCAUUCAACUGGAGUGGUCCAGGCCACAACCCAUCAAUGGCAUCAUCUCCCAUUACACGAUUACAUGCCUGCCAGCUAAUGGAACUAUUGUGAGCUUGAAUACCACUGCUGAUGGACUAGAGACUGUGAGCAACCUCCAACCAUUGACCAACUACACUUGCUGUAUCUCUGCUACUAAUCAAGCUGGUGAAGGAAAUGAGACUUGUGUGGAUGCAAAGACAAAGCGAGGUCCUCCUACUGAACCACAAAAAGUUGCUAUAGUUUCGGCCUACACUAACGGUAUCACGCUGACUUGGACUGAGCCAGCUGAGAGCUAUGGACAAGCUAUCUUGUUCUACAGUAUCAACUGCACAUCAACACACCACAAUGCAGAGAUACAACGAGCAUACAAUACCUCUGUGAAUGUGUCUGGUCUUAUUGCCAACACCAACUACACUUGCUGUGUUUCAGCAGGGAACUCUGUGGGCGUUGGACUCCAUCAAUGUAUCGUUGUCAUGACUGCUAUAAAUACUGAACAACCACAACAACCACAAUCUGGCAGCAACCUGGUGACAGCUGUGUCUGCUGGAGUACUGCUAGCAGUGUUACUACUUCUGUGUAUUGUGAUAACAUGCAUAACCUGCUGUUGUUGUUGUUACAAGAGAAGAACGAGCAAACAAGUGACUCUUCAAGGUCAACAAAGCACUGCAGAUCCUGUGUACGAUGUUCCUGAAGAUAUAGAGCUCAAAGAGAAAGGCAGUACAUUGAAAAGUGGUCCACAAAACAACGACACAUCACACAGACACGUGCAGUACAAAGAAGAGGUGAAUGUACGAUAUGAGAAACCAGUGCUUGCUUCGAGUGGAGGGAUUGCAAUGAACAAAAAACAGAGAGAGAAGAAGCCAAUGAUGCUGAUAGCUACUCCACCCAUCACUCAACCUGGCCAGCAAAGCGGUGAGAAGAUCUACCAGCCAUUAAUCCCUCCCAAGACCUACAAAGAACAAGAAGUCUCAGCCUAUCAAGACCUGGCCUUUGAGACAAGAGACGUUGGGACAGACAUGGCUAAUAAUUCAGAGGGACAGUACGAGCCCAUCAGGAAGAAUGAUAAGGACAAUCAGUACGAGCCCCUGUCGUUUGGAGGGGGUGGGACAUCUCAAGAGGGGGCGUACCAACCACUGAGCUUCCAGACGGAGGACGACAACACGUACGAAACUAUUCAAACCACCAUUCGUACAUAAACUGAAUGAUUGUUAUAUGUAUUGCUUCCUGUCAUGCUUUGUUAUGUCUAUUUUUUACUCAAUGUACAAUGUUUUUUUACUCAAUGUACAUGUAAACAUGCCAUAUUUCUGAUUG